AUGGAUCUCAAGAAUUCUCGCUUCCACUCGCCUCAUUGUAACGGGAGCUUCUUGAGCGGAUUAAGAAGGAUAUGUUUUCUUUGCAAUGUUGACACUUCUGUUUCAGAGUUAAACAUGAAUGUAAAUGCUCAUCAAGGGCGUGCUGUAGCUGGUCCGUCAAAUCGCACUAGGAACAGAUCUCGGGUCACACCGUUUUGUCCAUGCUUUUCGCCAACAGUGAGUGAUUCUGACACGGAUGAAGACAACGGAGCUCAAAAUGUUGGGAGAAGUUGGAGCAGUUCUGUGGCCGAAAUGGUCCGACAGCGCCUUGCAAUAGUGGGCGAAGCCGCUAAUCAAUUGGCAGGACCUGCAAUAGCUCGACGAUCGUUACUGCCCGAUGAACAAAGCCCUACUGUUCAUCGCAUUGUUGAAUAUUCACAUCAUCUCGUUCCGGAUAUCGAUAGAAUCCUCAAUUCGAGCUAUUAUUGGGGAGUAAUGGAUCGUUUCCAAGCUGAGGAAUUAUUGGAAGGGAAGCCUGAAGGGACGUUUCUUCUUCGUGAUAGUGCUCAGACCGAAUACUUGUUUUCGGUCUCCUUUCGUCGUUAUCAACGCACUUUGCAUGCAAGGAUCGAGCAGGGAAACCAUCGCUUUAGCUUUGAUAUACAUGAUCAGAGUGUAUUCUCAGCGCCAACUAUAACCAAAUUGAUUGAAAAAUACAAGGAUCCAGCAAGAUGCCUCUUUUUCGAACCGCAACUCACUCACCCACUUCAUCGUGGUCGCGUGUUCUCUCUUCAGGAGCUUUGCCGAGGUGUCAUCGUGAGUCGCACUACCUAUACAGGUGUGGCUAGUUUACGCCUCCCACCGAAAUUGAAACAGUAUAUACGUGAAUAUCAUUAUACAAUACCCGUAAGAACCGUAACUCUGUCAGAAUGA